UGUUCCUUCAUUCCUUCUCAAAUUCUCCCUUUCUCUCUCUCUCUCUCUCUCUCUCUCUCUCUCUCUCUUUGUCUCUGUCUCUGUCUCCCUCUCUCCCCGUGGGUGCUGGGGUGUCCGUGCUGGCACAGACGAUGGAAGAGGACACCUUAGACGAUUUUGCAUCUGAGCAUGGAGCUUCCCUAAGCAUGGAGUCUUUCACACAGAAAAGCCUUGUCUCCUCUCCUGAGGGCUCGGAGCACUGGGUAUUUAUAGAGAGAGAAGCCCCUAGGCUGGAAGCUGUAGCUCUGAGGAAAACUCUGAGAGCCAAGACAGAAGAAGCACGUGCAGGGACCUCGGAGGGGAGCACAAGUGGGAGCCUGACGAAAGUGGAGGUGACAGUAGGGAAAGCCAAGGACGUGGCAGGCCAGGAAGAGCCGGCAGCUGAAGCCUUGGAAACGAGGAAGAGAGCCAAAAUGAUUGCUAGUCCCGAGGAUUUUGAGUCUGUGUGGGAGGAUGAGCUCUAUGAGAAGGAAAGCAGGGGUGAGUCCAGCCCAGGGGCGACACAUCUGCCCGCUGAGAGCACCGAGGGGGAGCCCCAGGAGCCGGGCAAAGGUGCAGCCACCAGGGAGCAUGGGCUGCCUAAGCCCUGUCUGCAGCCUGAAGAGAAGCAAAGGACCAAGAUUUUGGAGCCAGAGCCUUCCCAGGGAGAAUGUGAGGUGCUCUCCAAGGAACGUGCUUCCACAGCCUUCAAGAAGCAGGAGGCCAAAAUGCCAGCCACGGCCCCAGAGCUCCUGAAAAUUAAAGUGAAGGCUGGCGACGACAGCUCAGAGACUUCUGCAACCCAGAGGAUCAUCUACUUAGGAGAUCCAGAGGGGGAGGAGAAGGACAGUAGAACACACCUGGUCUUGGACACUGAUGGGUGGCUUGGCUUGGAGGAGAGACCAGAAGCCACAGUAAACACAUCCAGGGAGGAAUCUGGGCACAUGUCACCCGUGGCACAAGGGUUCCAACCCCUCUCCUCAGCAAGUCACCAGCACAGGACAGUGUCUGGAAAACCCACUGGAGCACCAAAACCACCUGGGGUGGGCUGUGAUGGGACCAGCCUGGGGGGGCAUCCCCUCUCAGGGUGGGAAGAGCUGUCCCUGCAGCCAGAGAAAGCAUCUGGUGCUGGGGUGCCUGGAGGAGCAUCUGUGGGAAGUGAAGCCCUGCUGUGUUCCCAGGAGGUGGGACCAGAGGAUACAGAGCUGCAGAGCUCAGUGGGAGGCUUGAAGCCAUGUGGCCUGGCAGGGGAUGGCCCCUGGGCUGAGGAGCACAGAGAGAGCCCAGCACUGGAGGGGCUCUCGGGAGGGGUUGGAGCAGACAGUGACAGGGAGGAAAGUGCCAGAGUGGUUCUUCAGAUGGAAGAGAUAGAGCCCAAGUCUCCUCCAUCAUCAGCUGCGUCUUGGCAGGGCCACACUGACACCAUGGGGCUGAAGGGGGACAAAGCCAGCACUCCUGUCCCUCCACCCCUUCCCCAGAAACCCAGCCCAAUCCCUGCAGAGCCGUCUCCAGGUAUGGAGCCUCAGGGCACAGAGCUGUCCAUGGGCACCAGCCCUGCCACAGGGGUGGCCAUGCCCGAGGGUGUGAGCCCCUCCAGGGAGGUGGCUCCCAUGGGCACUGAUCCUGAAGCUGAAGAACAAUCCCAAAAUGUGGGAUUUGCCUCAUGGAAAUCCCAUCAAGGGACAAGUCCUGUUACAGGAGAAUCACCCCAAAGCACAGACACUGCAGCAGAGUCGAUCCAGGUUAGAGACCUGGCCGCCAGGGAGGUGGCCCAGGACAUGGACACAGCACAGAGUAAUGUCCCUGCCACUGAAGAGCCACUGCAGGAGGAGAAGGACAUGAUCAAAGAGCUCUUUCAGGACUCAGGAAAGCUGACCAGAGAUGAAGGCUCUGGGAUGGAAGAAGUGUCCCAUGACAAAAGCCUUGGCACGACUGAGCUGUCCCCCAAGGGAGAAGAAGCAGAACACCAGACUGAGACAAUCCACACAGCAGAUUCCAAAGCACAAGAGCCACAGCAGGACUCGGAGUUCAGUAUGGGACAAGAUCUGCAGGGUGGGAGCCAGACAGUCACAGAAAGCAGCAGGGACAGUGACCUGGCUCCAGGACAGCCACCUCAGGAUGAGUCUCCUCGCAGAGUAGCUGCUGAUGUCCCACAUUUCCAAUCCCCUGCAGCAGGAUUGUGCCAAGGAAGCGAGGCAUCCCAGCUCUCUGCCCUGGCAGAUGAAGGCGGGGCAGGACACUCAGGUGGUGGGACUCAUCCAGAACUGCCUGGGGUGCCGGUGUGCAUGGCUGGGCUGGCAGGAGCUGUGUCCCAGGAGCAUGGGGACGCUACUGUGGCCCUAGGAAACCAGCAGGACAGCAAGAGCUACAGGGAAACCUCCGUGGCCUCCAAGAUCAAGAUGUUUGAGCAAGGAGAAGUGGAGCGAAGGGCGGCCCAGGAGGGACAGGACCGUGUGCCUGAAGCUGAGACAUCAGUGACAGCCACAGGGAAAACAAAUGUGGCACAGGAUGUGCCUUUGAGCGCCGGCCUCGCCUCACGCCCUGCAGCGGGACCUGUGUCCAGUGUGGGCUCCCUGGCCCUUGGGCAAGGGGCUGGCUCAGCAGACAGCUGCCAGCCCCAGUCCCUGCAGGAGCAUGUCUCUGCUGAGCCCGAGCACGAGGAAGACAGUGCUGAGCUGGCCUCGCCCGACUCCGGCUGCGAGCUGACGCUGGCCGAGGCCGUGAGCAAAUCUCAGGAACCAAGUGGGGAAGAAAAGGAUUUAUGUGACCCAUCAGUAAAAUCCAGCCUGAAAGAAGAGAAUGUAAAGGCUGCUGUUCCAGUGGUCUCGCAGAGAGCGGGCGUGAGGGAGGGCCCCGAGGAGAGGGUGAAACCGCCCCGGCACAGGGCCCCCGAGAGCGACACCGGCGACGAGGAGCCCGACCAGGAGAAGGACUCGGUCUUCCUCAAGGACAACCACCUGGCCAUCGAGCGCAAGUGCUCCAGCAUCACGGUCAGCUCCACCUCCAGCCUGGAGGCAGAGGUGGAUUUCACCGUCAUCGGGGACUUCCACGGCACCGCCUUUGAGGACAUCUCCCGCAGCCUGCCCGAGCUGGACAAGGACAAGAGCGAAACAGAAGAUGAAGGCCUGGUUUCCCUCCAGCACACUGACAAAGUAGUUCCUGGACUGGAAGAGGAUGUCAAAGGCAGGGAUAAAGUCUCCCAGGCCAGCCCAGAUGUCUCCCAGCCAGAGCCCUCAGCCCCAAAAGCAGACACUGUGACUGUGAAGAAGCCUGAAGCAGAAGGCUCCACUCCCCAUCGGGUCAGCACCACAGACACGGCCCAGGAUCAUGGCACCAAGGCUGGCAAAGGGGCUGCUCCCACCACAGACCUUCGCUCCCUGUCACCGAUCUCCAGCGGCUCUGCUGGGAAGGAGGUGCUCACCAGCAUAUUCAGUGCCACUGCAGAAACACUCUCCACUUCCACCACCACCCACGUUACCAAGACUGUGAAAGGAGGGUUCUCCGAGACCCGGAUAGAGAAGCGCAUCAUCAUCACGGGAGAUGAAGAUGUGGACCAGGACCAGGCCCUGGCUUUAGCAAUCAAAGAGGCAAAACUCCAGCACCCCGACAUGCUGGUAACCAAAGCUGUGGUGUACAGAGAAACAGAGCCCUCUCCAGAGGAAAGGGACAAGAAACCUCAGGAAUCUUGACCAACAUGUUCCUGGAACAUCUGUAUUCCAACCUGGAGAACAGGGAAGAAGGAGCCUUCAUGCUGGAUUUGUCAGCAAAAUAUAGACAUCCUGGCUGCAAUGUUCAUGGCAAGAGACAAAAAUUUUUAAAAAAGGAAUAGCAAAUAUAUUAUAUAUAUAUAUACAUACAUACAUAUAUAUAUAUAUAUAAACAGGAAACAAAAUGCAUCCUUGCACUGCUGCUAUAUGCUGGAAAUGAAUAGCAAACAAUACCACCAACAAACAAAGCCAACCCUCUGCAGAUAAAUUGAAGAAUUUCCUGGAUUGGUGAUCAAAUCAGAUUUAAAAAGUCAUAAUAAUUACAAUAAUCUUGGUAACAAUACAAUAAGCCACCAUCUUGCAUGUUACAUGAAAGGACACACAAUCAUGAGUUCAUUUGUUGCACACUGAAUGGAAAGGAAAACUGCUUUGCAACAAAGCAAGUAAGCAAACUGAAGUAAAAAACACAAACAGAAGCAAAACCAUUCCCCACCUCUGGAAGGAAGAGAGAAAAACAUUCAAGUUAUGACCUUAGAGUUAUUUUCCAGUUCACAAGUGUCAUUUCGCCCUUCCCAUUCCAUGCUGGUUUUUUGCAUUUUUUGGGGGUUCUGUUAACUCUUCCCCUUCCCUUCCUUAUCUUCUCUGUGCACUUGUCCAACCUCUUGUUCUCUGAAGGUAUUUAGGAAUGGGUUUCAUUUCAAAGCAGAUGAUAUGUACAUGGUUUCUCAUCUCUCACGAGCAGCCUGUGGGGUUUCAUAUGGAUGUGCAUUUCAGUUCUGUAUAUUAUUCUAUAUAAGGGAGGGGGAGGGAGGGAACAAUGCCAAAAUAAUUCAACAGUGCUAGUACAGACAAUGCUGACAUCUUUAAAUUAUUAACUCUUGGAUUGACUGUGGUUGGUGUACUAGGAGACUCUUAGAUCACACGUGGGACUCUGAGUCCUGCAGAAGGGAACGGGAAAGGUUUUGGCUGCUGCUGGUUGGGGGAAGGGGAGAGGGCAAGGGGCAGGAAUGUGCUGCUGUGAGGUUUGGAGGGGCAGCAGUCACCUGGAGGGCAUGGAAGGCUCCAGCUCCAACAGCUGUAGGUAGGAUGGGCUCCCAGCCCCCUAGAGCCACAGGAUCAGCUGGGAGUGAGGGGAGCCACAGGGCUGGGGCUCCCCUGCAGCCUGCAGAGCCGUGCCCAUGGGUGGGGUGGGUUUGCUUUGUUUCUGGAUCCCAGUAAUGGAGGUACUUGAGUUCUGCAGUAGGGUCAAAGGCAGAGGGGCUGUUUGUGCCCUGCCUACCCCACUACCCAGAGUGUGAUGGCCAAGGGCUGGGGACAUCACUGGCAGGGCCAUGGCAGUGCUCCCCCGACCUGCCUAGGGAGGGGCAGUGGAGGGACCGUGCUGUGUCCAUCCCUGCAGAGUGUCUCCAGCAUCCCAGGCUGCAUGGCAGAGCCCAGGAGGCCUCAGUGGAGCUGCUCCCAGCUCGGUUCAGCCACAGGCUCCCUCCUGGGCUGCCUUUGGAAGGGGCUCGUGGGCCAAGCCCAGAGCCCCGUACACUGUGAACCAGGCAGUUCGCAUAGGCUCGGAACCAAAACCAGAAAGGAAAGGAAAGAAAUGGGUUUCCUUCUGGGAAUUGUCUCUAGCUCCUGCAGAAACAGAAGGGCCCAUGAUUCUGCACCAUUUUGCCUUCAGUCUCCCACCCUGACACAGACUGUGCCCAGGAGCAGGUGUGCUCUGCCAGGCCCUGCCAGGCUCGCAGGAUGCCCGAGCAGGAAUGCCUGAGCCGUGAGGAUGCUGUGGGCAGACUCUGCUCCCACCUUUGUUAUCCCAGGAGGGAGCUGCUCCCUGGCACUUGCUCAUCAGUGAAUCUGUUCUCCUGGCAGAGAGGUUUCUGCUGCAGGCAUGGAAGGCAAGAGCACAGGGCUGCUGCCAGUGCCAAUGCUCAGCUUCCAGCCACGCGCCUUCGAGAGCACAGCUCCAACCUAACAGCAGUUCAGGCAGUUGCAAGGAGGCUCCUUUUCUCUUGUUUGCUUUCCCAGUGCACCCAACCAGCCAUGCCCAGCAGUGGCACUGCAGGGUGGUGGAGGGCCAGUGCUGGUGUUCACCAGUACAAGGCACAGUUCAGGGCUGGGGGAGCCCACCUGGAUUGGACACCUCUGCAGCCCACCCGAGGCCCUGUGCCUGCAGAGCUGCUUGGGCACUGUGCACAGCCUGGGGAGUGCAGGUUCCCCUGGGAUUGAGCAGCUUUGGGCACUGUGCACAGCCUGGCAGUGCAGGUUCCCCUGGGAUUGAGCAGCUUUGGGCACUGCACAGCCUGGGGAGUGAAGGUUCCUGUGGGAUUGAGCAGCUUUGGGCACUGUGCACAGCCUGGGGAGUGCAGGUUCCCCUGGGAUUGAGCAGCUUUGGGCACUGUGCACAGCCUUGGGAGUGAAGGUUCCCCUGGGAUUGAGCAGCUUUGGGCACUGUGCACAGCCUGGCAGUGCAGGUUCCCCUGGGAUUGAGCAGCUUUGGGCACUGUGCACAGCCUGGGGAGUGAAGGUUCCCCUGGGAUUGAGCAGCUUUGGGCACUGUGCACAGCCUGGGGAGUGAAGGUUCCCCUGGGAUUGAGCAUUUUUGGGCACUGUGCACAGCCUGGCAGUGCAGGUUCCCCUGGGACUGAGCAUUUUUGGGCACUGUGCACAGCCUGGCAGUGCAGGUUCCCCUGGGAUUGAGCAUUUUUGGGCACUGUGCACAGCCUGGCAGUGCAGGUUCCCCUGGGAUUGAGCAUUUUUGGGCACUGUGCACAGCCUGGCAGUGCAGGUUCCCCUGGGAUUGAGCAUUUUUGGGCACUGUGCACAGCCUGGCAGUGCAGGUUCCCCUGGGAUUGAGCAGCUGACAGAGCUGGGCUCCCUGUGAGCUUGGGCUGCCGUGAGUUCCGUGUGCAGUGACAGCCCCUGGCUCCCACAGCGUGUUCAUGGGUGGCAGUGUCCAAAACGUUUUUUGUUUUUUUUUCCUGAAAUAAAAAAGAGGAAAGGAAAAAAAGGAAAGAAAAAGCGCUCACUGCUUGUUUCUCCUGGCGAGGUGUGAUUUCUGCUGCCCAGCCCCAGCCUGCCCAUCACCACACGCUGUUUUGGAUAGCUGGCCACUGCUUGUUUUCUUCCAGGGGCCUUUUCUGUGGAAAGGGGUGGGAGACAUGAGUGCCUGUUUUUACCCAAUCCCACAAAUUCAUUCUGAACCUGGCCUGCGAUAGCAUGAGUAAUAAUAACAACAGUAAUAAUAAUAAUAAUGAUAAUGAUAAUUAAAGUAUUUAUUUUUAUUUGAGAAGCACCUUACCAACCAACUGCAACGCUCUGUUGUUCCUUCACUAACUCUACUUUUCUCUUCCCUUGUUCUCCCUCUCCCCCUUUGGUCAUACUCCUUUUCAGUGCUCGGUGGUGUAUGCGUGUGUGCUCACUGUUCUUGUAUUCAAUAAAAGUGAAAUAAAUGUGUUUGAUGCUAAAUCA